CGGGGGGUGUUGGUGGACGUCACAGCUUGGGCCUUAUCUGCCUGGCUGUGCGCAGCCACUGGGUCACUGAGCAGCAAGCCAGGGCAAAGCAGCAGCACUAUCCAGCCAUACCGUCCGCCGCUGUUGGGGAGCAUGGCCUAGGACUGGGGGCACUGCCAUGCAGCUGUUUCCCACGGGACCUCGGAGAUACUUGCGGCCCCAUCUGCAGGGGAAGAUGAUUCCUGCCAGGCUUGUGAGAGUGCUGCUUGUUCUGGCCGUCACCUUGCCCGGGACCCUAUGUGCAGAGGGGACUGUUGGCAGGUCAUCGAUGGCCCGCUGCAGCCUCUUCGGAGGUGACUUCAUCAACACCUUUGAUGAGAGCAUGUACAGCUUUGCGGGAGACUGCAGUUAUCUCCUGGCUGGGGACUGCCAGCAACACUCCUUCUCGCUCAUAGGGAACUUCCAAAAUGGCAAAAGAGUGAGCCUCUCUGUGUAUCUCGGGGAAUUUUUUGACAUCCAUUUGUUUGUCAAUGGUACUGUGUUACAGGGGGAACAGAGCGUCUCCAUGCCCUAUGCCUCCAAAGGGCUCUAUCUAGAAACGGAGGCUGGGUACUACAAGCUGUCCAGUGUGGCCUAUGGCUUUGUGGCUAGGAUCGAUGGCAGCGGCAACUUUCAGGUCCUCCUGUCAGACAGAUACUUCAACAAGACCUGUGGGCUAUGUGGUAACUUUAACAUCUUUGCUGAAGAUGACUUUAGGACUCAAGAAGGGACUUUGACCUCAGACCCCUACGACUUUGCCAACUCCUGGGCCCUGAGCAGCGGAGAACAGCGGUGCAAACGGGCAUCCCCUCCCAGCAGCUCAUGCAACGUCUCCUCUGAGGAAACGCAGAGGGGCUUAUGGGAGCAGUGCCAGCUGCUGAAGAGUGCCUCAGUGUUCGCCCGCUGCCACCCUCUGGUGGACCCUGAGCCUUUCGUGGCCCUGUGUGAAAGGAUUUUGUGCACGUGCACCCAGGGGCAGAGGUGCCCUUGCAUCGCCCUCCUGGAGUACGCCCGGGCCUGCGCCCAGCAGGGGAUGGUGUUGUAUGGCUGGACAGAGCACAGCGCAUGCCGACCAGCAUGCCCUGCUGGCAUGGAGUACAAGGAGUGUGUGUCCCCUUGCACCAGAACCUGCCAGAGCCUUCACAUCAAUGAAGUGUGUCAGGAGCAAUGUGUGGAUGGCUGCAGCUGCCCUGAGGGACAGCUGCUUGAUGACGACCGUUGCGUGGAAAGUGCCGAGUGUUCCUGCGUUCAUUCGGGGAAGCGGUAUCCUCCCGGCGCCUCCCUCCUGCGAGACUGCAACACCUGCAUCUGCCGAAACAGCCUGUGGGUCUGCAGCAAUGAAGAUUGCCCAGGGGAGUGUCUCGUCACAGGACAGUCCCACUUCAAGAGCUUUGAUGACAGGUACUUCACCUUCAGUGGGGUCUGCCAGUACCUGCUGGCCCAGGACUGCCAGGACCACUCCUUCUCCAUCGUCAUAGAGACAAUGCAGUGUGCUGAUGACCCUGAUGCUGUCUGUACCCGCUCAGUCACGGUCCGCCUGCCCAGCCCGCACAACAGCCUUGUGAAGCUGAAGCACGGGGGCGCGAUCGCCAUGGACGGCCAUAAUGUCCAGAUCCCCCUCCUGCAAGGUGACCUCCGAAUCCAGCACACCGUGAUGGCCUCCGUGCGCCUCAGCUAUGGGGAGGACCUGCAGAUGGACUGGGAUGGCCGCGGGAGACUGCUGGUGAAGCUGUCCCCAGUCUACGCGGGGAGGACCUGCGGCCUGUGUGGGAACUACAACGGCAACAAGGGCGACGACUUCCGCACGCCCGCGGGCCUGGUGGAGCCCCUGGUGGAGGACUUCGGGAACGCCUGGAAGCUGCGCGCGGAGUGUGAGGACCUGAGGACGCAGCCCAGCGACCCGUGUCACCUCAACCCGCGCCUGACCAAAUUCGCGGAGGAGGCAUGUGCUCUCUUGACGUCCUCCAAGUUCGAAGCCUGCCACCACGUCGUGGGCCCGCUGCCCUACCUGCAGAACUGCCACUACGACGUCUGCUCCUGCUCCGAUGGCAGGGACUGCCUGUGCAACGCCGUGGCCAGCUAUGCCGCCGCCUGUGCCCGGAAAGGCGUGCACGUCGCGUGGCGGGAGCCCAGCUUUUGUGCGCUGAGCUGCCCACAGGGCCAAGUAUACCUGCAGUGUGGGACCCCCUGCAACAUGACCUGCCAUUCCCUGUCUAACUCGGAUGAGGAAUGCAGUGAGGUCUGCCUGGAGGGCUGCUUCUGCCCCCCAGGGCUCUACCUGGAUGACAGGGGAAACUGCGUGCCCAAGGCCCAGUGCCCCUGUUACUAUGAUGGUGAGAUCUUCCAGCCUGAAGACAUCUUCUCAGACCAUCACACCAUGUGCUACUGUGAGGAUGGCGUCAUGCACUGCACCACGAGCGGCCCCCCCGGAAACCUGUUGCCGCACGCUGUCCUCAGCAGUCCCCUGUCUCACCGCAGCAAAAGGAGCUUGUCCUGCCGGCCUCCCAUGGUCAAGUUUGUGUGUCCUGCUGACAACCCGCGGGCUGAAGGGCUGGAGUGUGCCAAAACCUGCCAGAACUACGACCUGGAGUGUAUGAGCAUGGGCUGCGUCUCCGGCUGCCUCUGCCCCCCGGGCAUGGUCCGGCAUGAAAACAGAUGUGUGGCCCUGGAAAGAUGUCCCUGCUCCCAUCAGGGCAAAGAUUAUGCCCCAGGAGAGACCGUGAAGAUUGACUGCAACACUUGUAUCUGUCAAGACCGGAAGUGGAACUGCACAGACCACGUGUGUGAUGCCACAUGCUCCACGAUGGGCAUGGCCCACUACGUCACCUUCGAUGGACUCCAGUAUAUGUUCCCCGGGGAGUGCCAGUAUGUUCUGGUGCAGGAUUACUGUGGCAGUAACCCUGGGACCUUCCGGAUCCUGGUGGGGAAUGAGGGGUGUGGCUACCCCUCAGUGAAAUGCAAGAAGCGUGUCACCAUCCUGGUGGAAGGCGGAGAGAUUGAACUGUUUGACGGGGAGGUGAAUGUGAAGAGGCCCCUGAAGGAUGAAACUCACUUUGAGGUGGUGGAGUCUGGCCGAUACAUCAUUCUGCUGUUGAGCAAGGCACUCUCUGUGGUCUGGGACCACCACCUGGGCAUCUCCGUGGUCUUGAAACAGACAUAUCAGGAGCAGGUAUGUGGCCUCUGUGGGAAUUUCGAUGGCAUCCAGAACAAUGACUUCACCAGCAGCAACCUCCAAGUGGAGGAAGACCCUGUGGACUUUGGGAAUUCCUGGAAAGUGAGCCCGCAAUGUGCUGACACCAGGAAAGUGCCUCUGGACUCGUCUCCUGCCACCUGCCACAACAACACCAUGAAGCAAACGAUGGUGGAUUCCUCCUGUAGGAUCCUCACCAGUGACAUCUUCCAGGACUGCAACAAGCUGGUGAACCCUGAGCCAUUCCUGGACAUUUGCAUCUAUGACACCUGCUCUUGUGAGUCCCCUGGGGACUGUGCCUGCUUCUGCGACACCAUUGCUGCCUACGCCCACGUGUGUGCCCAGCACGGCAAGGUGGUGACCUGGAGGACAGCCACACUGUGCCCCCAGAGCUGCGAGGAGAGGAAUCUCCGGGAGAACGGGUACGAGUGCGAGUGGCGAUAUAACAGCUGUGCUCCAGCCUGUCCUGUCACAUGCCAGCACCCUGAGCCGCUGGCAUGCCCUGUGCAGUGUGUGGAGGGCUGCCAUGCACACUGCCCUCCAGGGAAAAUCCUGGAUGAGCUUUUGCAGACCUGCAUCAAUCCCGAAGACUGCCCCGUGUGUGAGGUUGCGGGCCAGCGCUUUGCCCCUGGAAAGAAAAUCACAUUGAACCCCAGUGACCCUAAGCACUGUCAGACUUGUCACUGCGAUGGUGUUAACCUCACCUGUGAAGCCUGCGGGGAACCGGGAGGCCUAGAGGUGCCCCCCACAGAAGGCCCGGUGAGCCCCACCACCGAGUAUGUGGAGGACACCCCGGAGCCGCCCCUGCAUGACUUCUACUGCAGCAAGCUACUGGACCUGGUCUUCCUGCUGGACGGCUCCUCUAAGCUGUCGGAGGCCGAGUUCCAAGUGCUGAAGGUCUUUGUGGUGGACAUGAUGGAGCGCCUGCACAUCUCCCAGAAGCGCAUCCGCGUGUCGGUGGUGGAGUACCACGACGGCUCCCAUGCCUACAUCGACCUGAGGGACCGGAAGCGGCCCUCCGAGCUGCGGCGCAUUGCCAGCCAGGUGAAGUACGCGGGCAGCGAGGUGGCCUCCACCAGCGAGGUCCUCAAGUACACGCUCUUCCAAAUCUUCAGCAAGGUCGACCGCCCCGAGGCCUCCCGCAUCGCCCUGCUCCUGAUGGCCAGCCAGGAGCCUCCAAAGUUGGCCCGGAACUUGGUCCGCUAUGUCCAGGGCCUGAAGAAGAAGAAGGUCAUCGUGGUCCCGGUGGGCAUCGGGCCCCACAUUAACCUCAGGCAGAUCCGUCUCAUCGAGAAGCAGGCCCCCGAGAACAAGGCCUUUGUGCUCAGCGGCGUGGAUGAGCUGGGGCAACGCAGGGAUGAGAUUAUCAGCUACCUCUGUGACCUUGCCCCUGAACCUCCUGCCCCCACUCAGUUGCCCCCUGUGGCACAAGUCACUGUGGGUCCGGAGCACUUGGGGGUUUCGACCCUGGGACCCAAGAGGAACUCCUUGGUUCUGGACGUGGUGUUUGUUCUGGAAGGGUCGGACGCCAUUGGUGAGGCCAACUUCAACAGGAGCAAGGAGUUCAUGGAGGAGGUGAUCCAGCGGAUGGCUGUGGGCCAGGACAGCAUCCACGUCACGGUGCUGCAGUAUGCCUACGUGGUGACUGUGGAGUCCACCUUCCUGCAGGCGCAGUCCAAGGCGGACGUCCUGCAGCGGGUCCGGGAGAUCCGCUACCGGGGCGGGAACAGGACCAACACGGGACUGGCCCUGCAGUACCUGUCCGAGCACAGCUUCUUGACCAGCCAGGGGGACCGGGAGCAGGCGCCCAACCUGGUCUACAUGGUCACGGCGAACCCUGCCUCUGAUGAGAUCAAGCGGAUGCCUGGAGACAUCCAGGUGGUGCCUAUCGGAGUGGGCCCCCGAGCUGACGUGCAGGAGCUGGAGAGGAUCGGCUGGCCCAAUGCCCCCAUCCUCAUCCAGGACUUUGAGAAGCUCCCCCGAGAAGCUCCUGAUCUGGUGCUGCAGAGCUGCUGCUCUGGACAGGGGGUGCAGAUCCCCACUCUCAGCCCUGCCCCAGACUGCAGCCAGCCGCUGGAUGUGGUCCUCCUCCUGGACGGCUCCUCUGGCUAUCCAGCUUCUUACUUUGAUGAAAUGAAGAGUUUCGCCAAGGCUUUCAUUUCAAAGGCCAAUCUAGGGCCACAGCUCGCACACGUGUCAGUGCUGCAGUACGGAAGCAUCACCACCAUUGACGUGCCGUGGAACGUGGCCCAGGAGAAAGCCCACUUACUGAGCCUCGUGGACUUCAUGCAGCAGGAGGGAGGCCCCAGCCAAAUUGGGGAAGCUUUGGGCUUUGCUGUGCGAUACAUCACUUCGGAGGUCCAUGGUGCCAGGCCUGCAGCCUCGAAGGCAGUGGUCAUCCUGAUCACCGACGUCUCCACGGAUUCAGUGUCCACCGCAGCCGAUGCCGCCAGAUCCAACCGAGUGGCAGUGUUCCCCAUUGGAAUUGGGGAUCGGUAUGACGUGGCCCAGCUGAGGGUCUUGGCAGGCCCAGACGCCAGCUCCAAUGUGGUGCACCUCCAGCGAAUCGAAGACCUCCCCACCAUCGUCACCCUGGGCAAUUCCUUCCUCCACAAGCUGUGCUCUGGGUUCGUCAGAGUUUGCAUAGAUGAGGAUGGGAAUGAGAAGAGGCCGGGGGACAUUUGGACCUUACCUGAUCAGUGCCACACAGUGACUUGCCUGCCAGAUGGCCAGACCGUGCUGAAGAGUUAUCGGGUCAACUGUGAUCGGGGGCCAAGGCCUUCCUGCCCCAAUAGCCAGUCCCCUGUCAGGGUGGAAGAGACCUGUGGCUGCCGCUGGACCUGCCCCUGUGUGUGCACGGGCAGCUCUACACGCCACAUCAUGACCUUCGAUGGGCAGAAUUUCAACCUGACUGGCAGCUGUUCAUAUGUUCUAUUUCAAAACAAGGAGCAGGACCUGGAGGUGAUUCUCCAUAAUGGUGCCUGCAGCCCUGGGACUAGGCAGGCCUGCAUGAAGUCCAUCGAGGUGAAGCACAACAGCCUUUCCGUUGAGCUCCACAGUGACAUGGAGGUGGGGGUGAAUGGGAGACUGGUCUCUGUCCCUUACAUGGGUGGGGACAUGGAAGUCAACAUCUACGGUGCCAUAAUGUAUGAGAUCAGAUUCAAUCAUCUUGGCCACAUCUUCACAUUCACUCCACAAAUCAACGAGUUCCAGCUGCAGCUUAGCCCCAAGACCUUUGCUUCAAAGAUGUAUGGUCUCUGUGGGACCUGUGAUGAGAAUGGAGCCAAUGACUUCAUGCUGAGGGAUGGCACGGUCACCACAGACUGGAAAACGCUCAUCCAAGAAUGGACUGUGCACCAGCCGGGGAAGACAUGCCAGACUGUUACUGAGGAGCAGUGUCCUGUCUCCAGUAGCUCUCACUGCCAGGUCCUCCUCUCAGCACUGUUUGCUGAGUGCCACAAGGUCCUUGCUCCAGCCACAUUUCAUGCCAUCUGCCAGCAGGACAGUUGCCACCAGGAGCAAGUGUGUGAAGUGAUUGCCUCUUAUGCCCACCUCUGUCGGACCCAUGGGAUCUGUGUUGACUGGAGGACAGAUGAUUUCUGUGCUAUGUCGUGCCCACCAUCCCUGGUGUACAACCACUGUGAACAUGACUGCCCCCGGCACUGCGAGGGCAACUCGAGCUCCUGUGGAGACCAUCCCUCGGAAGGCUGCUUCUGUCCCCCACACCAAGUCAUGCUGGAAGGUAGCUGUGUCCCUGCAGAGGCCUGUACCCAGUGUGUUGGUGAGGAUGGAGUCCGGCACCAGUUCUUAGAAACCUGGGUCCCGGACCACCAGCCCUGCCAGCUCUGCACGUGUGUCACGGGGCGGAAGGUCAGCUGCGCGUCGCAUCCCUGCCCCACGGCCAGAGCUCCCAAAUGUGGCCUGUGUGAAGUGGCCCGUCUCCACCAGAAUGCAGACCAGUGCUGCCCGGAGUACGAGUGUGUGUGUGACCUGGUGAGCUGUGACCUGCCCCCGGUGCCUCGCUGUGAAAACGGCCUGCAGCUGACCCUGACCAAUCCCGGCGAGUGCAGACCCAACUUCACCUGUGCCUGCAGGGAGGAGGAAUGCAAAAGAGAGUCGCCGCCCUCCUGCCCCCCACACCGGACGCCCACCCUUCGGAAGACCCAGUGCUGUGAUGAGUAUGAGUGUGCUUGCAACUGUGCCAAUUCCACGGUGAGCUGCCCCCUGGGCUACCUGGCCUCGACCAUCACCAACGACUGUGGCUGCACCACGACCACCUGCCUCCCUGACAAGGUUUGUGUCCACCGAGGCACCGUCUACCCCAUGGGCCAGUUCUGGGAGGAAGGCUGUGAUGUGUGCACGUGCACCGACAUGGAGGACGCUGUGAUGGGCCUGCGUGUGGCCCAGUGUUCUCAGAAGCCUUGUGAAGAAAGCUGCCAGUUGGGCUUCACUUACGUCCUCCCUGAAGGCGAGUGCUGCGGGAGGUGCCUGCCAUCUGCCUGUGAGGUGCUGAUCGGCUCACCACGAGGAGACUCUCAGUCUUACUGGAAGAAUGUUGGCUCUCACUGGGCCUCCCCAGGGAACCCCUGCCUCAUCAAUGAGUGCGUCCGAGUGAAGGAUGAGGUCUUUGUGCAACAGAGGAACGUCUCCUGCCCCCAGCUGGAUGUCCCCACCUGCCCCAUGGGCUUCCAGCUGAGCUGUCAGACCUCAGAGUGUUGUCCCACCUGUCACUGCGAACCUGUGGAGGCCUGCAUGCUCAAUGGCACCAUCAUUGGGCCUGGGAAGAGUCUGAUGAUUGAUGUGUGCACGACUUGCAACUGUACUGCCCACGUCGGGUCCAUCUCUGGAUUCGAGCUGGAGUGCAGGAAGACCACCUGCGAGGCCUGCCCCCAGGGUUACAAGGAAGAGAAGAUCCCAGGCGAAUGCUGUGGGAAAUGUCGGCUUAUGGCUUGCACCAUUCAGCUAAGGGGAGGACAGAUCAUGACCUUGAAGCCUGAUGAGACGCUUCAGGAUGGCUGUGACAGUCACUUCUGCAGGGUCAAUAAGAAAGGAGAGUUCAUCUGGGAGAAGAGGGUCACAGGCUGCCCGCCUUUUGAUGAGCACAAAUGUCUGGCUGAUGGAGGGAAAAUCAUGAAAAUUCCAGGCACCUGCUGUGACACAUGCGAGGAGCCCGAAUGCAAGGAUAUCAUUGCCAGGCUGCAGUAUGUCAAAGUAGGAAGCUGUAAGUCCGAAGAGGAAGUGAACAUUCAUUUCUGCCAGGGUAAAUGUGCCAGCAAAGCCGUGUACAACAUCGACAUAGAAGACGUGCAGGACCAGUGCUCCUGCUGCUCGCCAAUGCUGACGGAGCCCAUGCAGGUGCCCUUGCGCUGCACCAACGGCUCUGUUGUCUACCAUGAGGUCCUCAACGCCAUACAGUGCAGAUGCUCCCCCAGGAAGUGCAGCAAGUGAGGCCACUGCCGCCACUGCCAUGGACGCCCACAGCCACCUGCCUCGGCCCCAUAGGCCAGUGCUGCCUGUCCUCUUGUAUGCUCUGCUCUCGUGCCCUCCUGGGCCCACAAUAAAGGCCAAUCUCUCAUCUUGCAAAGGCUGACGGUUCACUU